UUCAGAAAUUAAUAAAUUACACAAAGCAUCAUACAACUCAAUAGUCACUAAAACACCUCUUCUGACACUAAUCGCCACCCAUCACCGUCAAUGGCGACACCUAUCGCGGCGCAACUCGCGGUCUUCGCCCUCUUCGUCACCGCCGUCUCCGCUGCCACAACUGGCUACCACAACCACACCGUUGGCGGCGCCGCCGGGUGGUCCUUCAACUCCACUACCAAUACAACAGCCACUAACUACACUUCCUGGGCUUCGAAUCAAACCUUCGACCUUGGCGAUUAUCUCAUUUUCAAUACGAACUCCAACCAAACGGUGGUUCAGACUCACAACAAGACGACCUAUCUGAACUGCACCGCUGACGAUACCGACAAUGUUACCUUCGUGUACGCCAGCGGUAGCAGUGGUUUCGGCGAAUCGUUGACCAUCGCCGUGCCGUUGACAAUUGUUGGACCAAACUACUUUUUCUCCGACUCCAGCGACGGCUUGCAGUGCCAGCUCGGCUUGGCCUUCGAAAUCGAUGUCCAGCACGGCUCCGGCUUGCCACCGAACCUCAACCAGCCGCCUCCGCCGCCGUACCAGGAGCCUCCCGGUCCUGACGCCGUUCAGUCUCCACCGGUUACGGUAGCGCAGUCUCCCACUGGCGGCGCGUUCGCGAGCCGCGCUGACAUGCGCUUCACGGUUUACAUUUUCAGUGCGGCGUUGCUGCUGCUGCUGCAGUUUCAGUGAGGAAAAUGUCAACUUCGGUGGAGACCCAGCAUUGGAUAAUUAUUUUUACAGCUAAGAAAGUUGACUUGUUUUUACUGAUGAUCUUUUCAUUUAGUUUAUUUGUACGUUUUAUUAUUAUUGAUAUUUAUUAUUUUUCA